UACAGCUUCAAAUUCAUCUCAAGGCAAUAAAACCCGAUCUAUCAUAUACUGUACAAUAUAAGCAUAUUUUUCAAUAUCAGGAGAGAUCUUGGGUUACGGAAUGCUACUGUCUACGCGCAAUGGCUAGGUAUUCUAUCAGCCGUCUCUUUCAUAUCGACCAGGGUCUUCUGGAUCAUCGCAUAUGAUUCUUACAUGGGCUUCCUAAAAUACGGGAUGGUGGUUAGAUUAUUAGAUAUGAUUUUCUUCCCGCUCUGUCUGUUUUUAAUGGAGACGCCUCCUAGCUCUCGUCGCUGGCGCUUGUCCUUCGGCAUCAGUCUGUUGUGGUGCUUCGUCCGUAUGAUGAUUGACCCCAUGUUUUCUGUACCAGUUUUUGUCGGACGAAAUAUACCGACAGCUCUUGUGAUGGUUUUCGGUACUGUUAUAGGGCUAUUUUUAUACAUUUUCACGACUUUACAUAUGCUUUCCAAAGGCGAAUCAGAAGAAUUCUACUCUUGCCGCUCCCGCACACUGUUCUAUGCGGGAUAUACGUUCUCUCUGGCUACGGGGGGCCGCGGAAGACCCUUCGGCCCCCCUUAUACUUGCACUCUAUCGCCUCUCUGGUUCCUUCGCCCGGGACAGGUCUUCGCAUUGGGAUGGUGGUUCCGCGCGUCGCAGUGUGUCGAGUUGGCAGAGAUCUUCUCGGUGCUGGCGGCGCUGGCAUAUUUCGUUGCGUAUUGGGCUGGACACGAGUACGUCUUCACACGAACGCUAGGGGGUCCUGGUGUUGAGCUUAUGCCGCGGGUUAUCACCAGACUGGCAUCACGGGAUGAAUCUAUCGGACAGGAUGAGGGGAGGAUUAUGCUAUCUUGAUUGUAUUGUGCGGCGAUAAAUCGGUUUAAUUCAUACGAUAGCAUUACGACGGCGGAAGAAAAGAAGAACUUUUAUGAGCCAGAAAGGGAAAAACCAAAAAAAAAAAAAAAAAAAAAAAAAAAAA